AAACCCAUUCAAAUUCCAACGGUCGACUCUGACAUAAACCCUAAUCAAAACCUCCGUCGUCACCAAACCCUCCCUCUGCAACAAUGGUGGUCUCAAAACAAAACUAUGAAGAUCUCCGUAAGCAACGCUUGGAGGAGAACAAGCGAAGGAUGGAAGAGCUUCAUCUUCCUCUUCUCACCAAAGCUCUCAAAACCGCUCACUCUCCCAAGCCCUCACCGAUGAAGCGUACACAACCACGUGCGAUUGGGACAGAAAUGGUAAUGGUGAGGAGGUCAGGCCGCGUCGCAAAUUUGCCUGCACCUGUUUACAAGGAAAUUACCCUUUAUGAGCGAGUUGAGUUACCAAAAGGUAAGAGAAAGUAUAGCUAUCGACGAAGUGACUUAGCGAACCGCGUAUAUGCAUCUGAUGAAGAGAGGGCAUAUGCUACAACAAAAGCCGAAGAACUUGAAGCAAAUCUCGAAGGCGAUCAUCCUUCUUUUGUCAAGCCCAUGCUUCCAUCACAUGUUACCGGUGGCUUUUGGCUGGGUCUCCCAGGGUAUUUUUGCAGGAACCACUUACCAAAGAACGACGGAACAGUUACUUUAAUUGACGAAGAAGGUGAAGAGUUUCCAACAGUUUAUCUUGCCCACAAGAUCGGUCUUAGUGGCGGAUGGAGGGGGUUCUCUCUUAGUCAUGAAUUGGUAGAUGGUGAUGCACUCGUUUUCCAACUAAUCGAACCUACCGUCUUUAAGGUGUAUAUUAUAAGGUGCAGUGGUUAUAAAGAGGGCGAAAACAAUGAUGCUUCUGAUGCUUGAGUUUAAGCGCAAAUUGAUCGAAUUAUUAACAUAUUUAUUAGGUUAUCAGUAUUAACUAGGUGCAGGAUCAAAUUCAGCACAAUUUUUGUAGCUAUCCAAUCCGGCGCUGCUUGGCUUCUUCUUCUUCUCUUAUCAAAGUCUAUGAAGUAUAAAAUUAUGUCUAUGACAUUUUGUAAUGACUAUUAACAACAAACAGUGGCUUGUGCAUUAUGCAUUGAAUUUUAUACACUGUUUUGUAGUUUGAUUGGUUCAAGUAUGGAAAAUUUGAUGAUUGUCCUAAAA